UGAAAACGUGGUACAAAACUCCAUCUUCGCACAGCCAGCGCGUGGUUUCAUGCAACGAAUUGAACGGAUCCUCGUGGCUAUCGAUAAUGCUCGCGUGUGACGUGGCAAAUCCUCACACCCAUUUGUAACUAGUCAAAAAGCGCGUGAGAUUUGAAGCAACUGUGCCGCCCGAAAAAAAAAAAAAUAUCAUUCGACGGGACCGGUUAGAGAGAGAAACAAAUGUUUUUCUAGAGAGAGAAAAUCGACUGGAGUUCGUUCGGAUCGCGCUCCUUCGUACCUCAAACCCUAAUUCCUGUCUUCAGUUUUGGCUCUUAUCUCUGUUUUUUUCAAAAAAAUUGGUAUUUUUUCUUUAUUAUUUUCUGUUCUACCAUCGGAUCUUUAGUUUCUCUUCUUCAAUUUGGGGAUUUUUUUGGUCUGUGAUAAAAAAAAACAAAAAAAAUUGGAUCUACUGAUAAAUUAAAGCGUCAGUCUUUCCCGGGUUAAUUUAGCUAGUGUUUGAAAUUUCUUGUGUGAAAUCGUUACUGCUGAUGUACUGGGCAGUGAGUGAUGUUCGUCGUCUUGUUAUUCUAGGGUUUUUGAAACCCUAGGUUUCUGGAAUUCGGGUUAUGUUAGGGUUCUCGAAGGUUCGAUUUUUUAGAAAUUAGGGCUUUUUUGUUUUAUAAUCCCAAUUGGUGAUUACAUGUAUGGAUUCGGGGAUUACAAGGGAUUCUAGUGAUGAUUUGAAUUGGAGAGAAAGGUGCCGCUGGAACGAACAUCGCAAAGUCUAUACUCGAAGAAUCAACCGGAAACCCAAUAGAACCAGCAAUAAUAGCGAUACUGCCGCCACCGAAGCCUCAACGGCCGGUAGCCCCACCGCCGUUGCCGCCCGUGAGACCACCCCAAAUCCCACCACCACCCCCACGCCCACCAACGUUCCCUCUUCCCCCGCUGCCUCCCCCUCCACCGCCAAGGUUUCCACCGCCUCCGCCUCCGAGGACUUCAAUGACCGCCACAAGGAUUCUGCAGCCGCCUCUGUUCCACCCAUCACCUCUGGCGGUUAUCCCACCGCCACUCCUCCGCGGCGUUCUGCCGCGGAUGAUGAACUGCACCAGCCUCUGGAAGCCUUAGUAGGCAAAGAUGCUGAUUUGUCACUGGGUCAAGAACAAAGUCCCUCGAAUAAUUCAGUGGAGAAAAAUGUCGACACUUCUUCGACUCAGCAUCAAGUGCAACAAUUCAACGACGGUAACGAAGCCCAUAAUUUGAGAGAGUCGUCGCCUCGGUCCUGUGAGAACGGUUUGUCAAACGGCAGAGAAGGUGCAUCGGCGCAGAUUCCCAUCGGGAUUGACUCAGAUAACGAGGGGCAGUUGAUAUCAAUCCCAACGGUGAAUGGAGUUGUCAAGCCCCUGGUUAUAUCGAAAGACGAUGAUAAGAUUAGAUUUCAAUUAGUUAAAGAAACAUCGAAGGUCGAGAUUAAGGAGCUUACUACGAAACUGGAGUUUCAGCUCGAUCAGGUUAGGAGAUUAGUCGAACAGGUUGAAGCCAAGGAGCUUCAGCUUUCUUCAUGUAACACUCAGAUUAGCAGUAGUAAUCUUAGUAAUAGUAAUUAUAUUAGUAUCGAGGGUGGUAAUGCAGGCGGGCAUAGCUAUAGUCAACUUCAUGACCUCGUAGAUAAGAGGGUGUUGGUUAGAGUUGACUCAGAUAUGGGUAUGGUGGGUCACCAGGAAAUCAGACCUACCGGAUUAUCGAGAGUGAAUUCUGAUGUGGGCUCCACACGGAAUCGAGAACCGCGGACGUACAGUAGGCAGCUCACUAUUGCAGUAAUGGAGAACGACCACGGGCCCGGUGUAUUUCUUGAGAAGGAGAAACGAACUCCAAAGGCCAAUCAGUACUACAGAAAGUCGGAGUUCCUUCUGGGGAAGGACAGACUACCGCCCGAGAGCAACAAACGGCUGAAGACGAGUAACGGGAGGAAACACAACGGAGAAAAGGACCACGCAAUGCGGUUCGGCUUUGGUUUCGACAAGAGUAGGAACCAGGCCUUUCGGAGUUGUGGCAGCUUACUUCAGAAGUUGAUGAAGCACAAGCACGCUUGGGUGUUUAACGAGCCGGUGGAUGCCAAGGCCAUGGGGUUGGUCGAUUACCAUGACAUCAUUAAACACCCUAUGGAUUUCGGUACAAUCAAGACUCGACUCUCUCAGAAUUGGUACAAGAUUCCGAGGGAGUUCGCCGAGGAUGUGAGACUUGUUUUCCGAAACGCCAUGACUUAUAAUCCGAAAGGGCAAGAUGUUCAUAUUAUGGCCGAAGAAUUAUCGCAGGUAUUUGAAGAGAAGUGGGCAGCUAUAGAAGCCGAGUAUAAUCCUUACUUGAAAUACCAAAUACCAAAUGCUCCCUCUCAAACGCAUUUUGCCCCAGCUAUUCCGUUUCCGUUGUACGUUCCUUCUGCUCCUCAUAUGAGGACUUUCGACAGGCCGGAUACAAUGGCAACAGCUAUGGCUGUUGACCCGAAAGGUCAACGAACCCACGUUGGAAGGAGGCGAGUUCCGAAGAAACCUAAAGCUAAGGAUCUCGAUAAACGGGACAUGACUUACGAGGAGAAGCAAAGGCUUAGCACAAAGCUUCAGAGCUUGCCCACCGAAAAACUCGACGCUAUUGUUCAAAUCAUCAAGAAGAGGAGCACCGCACUUUCUCAACACGACGAUGAGAUUGAGGUGGACAUCGACAAUGUUGACGCGGAGACAUUGUGGGAGCUCGAUAGGUUUGUGUCGAACUUCAGGAAGAGCUUGAGCAAGAAUAAAAGAAAAGCCGAACUUGCGCUGCAAGCUAGAUCGGCAUCGAAUCAAACAGUUGCACUGACGAACCCGACAAGUGCAGUAGUAGCUGAAGUCCAGAUUGAAAAUGGAACAGCCCUUGAGAAGAGUGCUGCACCUCGUGCCGCUGAAGGCGAUAAUGGUAGAUCCAGCAGUUCAAGUAGUUCCAGCAGUGAUGGAUCAUCUUCGAGUGAUUCGGAUAGCGACAGUUCCUCUGAGAAUGGAUCAGAUGCAGGACAAACGUGAACGCAUAAUAAUUAAGGAACAAUGAUGGAUCAAAAGGCAUUUGUCCUGCAAAUGAUGGUUCGAUGCGAAAUGCUGUACCUUUUUUCUUCGAUGUUUUGUAGGUCUGUGACAGCUCCAACAUCUCAUUCAUACCAUCAUUUGAACGUGUAAUAUGUAAGGAGGUUUUUUUUCUCUUUCUGUUAGAAAGAAUGUAUUUUUGAUUGGUUAUGAUGGUGACGGCAGAAUGUAGCCGAUGUAAAUUUAUGUGCUUGUUACGUAUUUCUAGUUAUAAAAAGCUAUUGCGAGGGA